AUGACUUGUCUUGGGAUGCGUUGUCUAGAAACCAGUAAAAAUAACAUAGGUCCAAGAAGUAAAGAGAAAUCCCUGAUACACAAUGUUACAGUUCAGCCUGAUGAUCUAGCAGCUUUCUGUGAAGAAAAAUGCGAAGGAUUACCCGGUGGGGGAUAUUUCGCCGAUCCAAACAAUUGCUGUGCGUAUAUCGCUUGUAAACCACUGGGUUUCACGUAUGCUGGCUUCAACCAAACAUGCAUGUACCCAUUGGUCUGGAACCAAGACCAGGGUACCUGUGAUUUUGCAUUCCACGUUGAUGGAUGCGAUGAGUCGUGUCAUGGUGAUCCAAACCCGUGGACCGUGCCAGUUCCAACAGAUGUUCUCACCGAAGAUGAUUGUGUUAGGUAUGGAAACAUUUACACCAAACACCCCACAAAUCCUCAACUUUACUACGUAGACCACUACGGUAUUGACCCAAACAACUCCAGACAUGCUUCCUGUCCACCUGAUUUCGAGUUCAGCCUUGACGAAUGUCGUUGCGUUGGAAUGAACGGUCCAUGUCCAUGUGACUGCAUUUUCUGUCUACCAUUUGAGAAUGACAAAGUGAGGGAUAUUGUCAAUAGGAACUUCGUUGCUCAUGAAGGUGUUAGGAUCAAUUCAUACGCAGCACAGAACGCAGGGGACUCUCCUGGUCAUUUUGGAUGCCUCGGUGGAGAUGACAGCUACAUCGAGUUUCCUGUGUUUGAGAACAUGUAUUAUGGCAGUAAGUUCUCCAUCAACUUUUUCUUCUAUCCCAUUGUUGAUAACCUGCCUGCCGGUUCCGACAUCGAGCUGGACAGCAUACAGGGAUUGUUCACCAAUGGAGGAUGUGGAGAGCCAGGGUCUAUUGAACUCUACCUGUUAGGUUCAUACCUUUAUUUGAACUUCAGAACAGAAAAUGGUGAACUUGAAAACUAUAUCGUUCAAUAUCCCGAAGACCCUGCUGCAGACCCUGUGGUAUAUUCGAAUCAAAGGAUUUUGAAUAGGCAGCAUCAUGACAUCACAGUUGUAUACUGUGACGGUGAACUUAAGGUUUGCGUCAACAACAAAUCCUGUGUAGUGAUUGAUGAAUCUGUAGGACUGGGAGGUAAUGUACUGAGCACUGACCAUCCACUGACGAUUGGCAAAUUCAACGAUAUUGAAGGUACAAGUGCUAAAGCCUGCAUUGACAAUAUGUCCGUUUGUCGGGACUGUUGGACCGAUGAGCAGAUUAAGGGUGUUCAGGCCUUUAACGAGUCCGCUGUGAUGUGCGUCGCUGCAGAUAUGGAUGAUAUCACUUUACCAGGUGGAGGUUCCCUUCCACCAAGUGCUUCAGACCCUGCUGGCCCAGCUCCACCUUUACCACCCCCUCCACCUGGGAAGAAAUAAUAAUAUCGUAACAAUAGAACUUAACGAGAACUAAUUCCCGGACUAAUAUUCAAGGCUUUUCAGAUGCAAUAAAAAAGAACAUUGUUCGAUGUUUAGUAUCGUCAUUGAAUCGAACACACCUGACCCUAUGUUCGAUUUGAAACGAAUCCUGUCGAUGAUGUUUUGAUGUGUACAUACGCAUGCGCCGUUUGUUGUCUACAUAUUGAGUCCUGUCCAACUCGUACAACACUUCACGAUGAAAUGCCCGUCCACAUCUCAAGUCAUCAUUGAUAUCAAAUUUGUAUGGAUUGAUGAAAUAAACAAUUUAGAAAUUACAAAUGUA